UAAGAGUAAAAGAAGUACAUCUCUGACGUUUAUAACAAACCAAGCUGUUCUAAAAUCGGUUGAAAAUUGAGCAAUCUACAGUGAUUUUAAAAUCCAUGCUCCAUUGACUUUAAUGUUAUGAGUGAUCGAGCAGCCCUGUCCCAAGAUGGCCGCCAUGUGGCGACGUCGCUCCCCAUAGGCUGACAGCGCUCAUGAGCCAUCUAGUGUUUGUAUAUAUCUAUGCUAGUCAUACUCAACCGCCCCAUAAUGCUUUGCGAGCUAUCCACCGAAAUGCAAGCCUCCGCGGGAUAUGUGGCCGGACCGCAGCGAUUUUUAUUUUAUUUUAUGUGGUUAAGUAGUCAUCCUAAUCACCCCACAGAUUUGAGAAAUAGGCGUUUUCUGACCAACGUUUUAAAUUUGUCAGACGCCUCACAACGUGCUACUGAAUGCUAGCAGCUAGUUGCAGCAGCUCGCUUUGCAUACAGAACAAGUAGCAGCUACCUCGAGUAGCCUGCAGCUACAACUGAAACGAUUCGCAUAAUCUGGCUAAUAACUGCAUGAGGAGUGCCGGCUUGAAAUUGCCACAUUAAUUAUGCGACUGUUUGUUAGCGUAAAAUCGACCUGAAGCCGGCAUUCAGACGAGAUAUUUGAUAGCCGUACUUCCGGUUUUUGUCAUCGGAGGUUUGAAAUGCAUUAUGGGAAACAGAGUAGUAUACUACAGUGUGAACGGUCGGCAUUCUAAUCAUACUUAUAGUACGUAGUACACAGUAUAUACUCAUUGAGAAUGUAGUAUGUAGUACGUUAGUAUGCGAUUUCGGACACAGCCAUUUACUCAAUCCCUGCCCUUCUGGAACGGCUGCUGUCGCCGGCGACAGAAAGUGACAUGCAAGAUUCAAAUUACCGUAACUCUUAGACCGUUUGCUCUAUCAACGUAAUUACAACAGAUUCUGAAAGCGGAGAAGCAGAGCUUUGCGCUUAUAUACUAUACAUUACGGUAAUUGACAGGGGGCGCAAAAGGUCAGGCUCGGAAAACCUGGGUGAGGAGUUGACGAGCAGUGCAUGAGUGACGGAGCGUACUUUUGACAAGUGGAAUUUGAGAAGCAUUUUAGUGGUAUUUUACCUAUAAUUUCUGUGUAUAUAAUAGUUUAGCUUCGUAAAUAUUAAUAUUAGCAUUGUAUUUGAACAUUUUGUAGUUUAUUUGACCGUGUUUUAUCGCGUUUUGGCCACAUUUUUCGUUGCUUCUUUUCCCUCGUUUUUCCGUUUUUUCCCUCAUUCAAAUAGAUUAGCUAGUUAGCUAGUUUUGUAAAUAAUGUUGUUUGUAAAUAGUGUAAGUAAUAGUAGGCCUAUAAAAUGUUGAGAAGAUCCAGGAGGGAGAGAAAAGCCCCAUCCAGAUUUAUGGAGGAGCAGGAGCAGGAUCAAGAGGAGACAGGAGCAGGAGCAGCAUCUCUUCCACAACAUUCAUCUGAUGAUGAGCCAUCAACCAGCUCUGGUACAAGGCGUGGAAGAGGCCGAAGUGGCAGAGAUGCUGAUCGUGUAGUUGAUGCAUGGAGCCGGUCACCACAUCAUCAGGCCUGGAAAACAGAGGCAGACCCAGACACGGGAAAGCCUUACCCACUCCGAUUCACCCCCAAACGCACACCUGGUCCCCAAUCAACUCUCACCACUGGCACCCCAACACCAGAGGAGAAUUUUUCUUUUUUUUUUUUGAUGCCCAGGUACUCAAAAUCUUGUGUACAAACACAAAUAAAAACGCACAUAAAAAUUUGGAGCAGGGAAAAAAGUUUGCCUGGACUGACAUCACCCCGCAGGAGCUGUCUAAAUACAUCGGCACACUACUUUUUAUGUCUGUGUGCAACCUCCCAAAAGUUUCUGACUUUUGGAGGACCAAAACCAUUUUUCAUGUGCCAUUCCCAUCCACGGUCAUGUCAAGAGAUAGAUUUAGGGCAAUACAUUCAAAUUUGCACAUCAGUGACCCAGAGGAAGAUGCAAUAAAUGAACGAAUAAAGGGGACAGAGGACUAUGACCCUCUGCAAAAGGUCAAACCUCUUCUGGAUACCAUCCGAAACAGCUGCAAGAGCAUCUACCAUCCCAAGCAGCACAUCUCUGUGGACGAAAGGAUGGUUGCCACGAAGGCAAGGCUUUCAAUAAAACAAUACAUGAAAGCAAAGCCAACAAAAUGGGGCCUAAAGUUUUUUGUUUUAGCUGAUGUAAAUGGGUACACACUGGAUUACAAACUGUACACAGGGAAGGCGCACGGUGCUUCAGGGAAGGGACUUUCUUUUGAUGUGGUGUUGGAGCUGGUGAGCGGCUACAUUGUUUAUUGUGACAAUUUUUACACCAGCCCUCUACUGUUCCGUCACCUGAGCCAGCAGGGGUUUGGGGCUUGUAGGACUUACAGGCAGGGCAGAGUUGGUGUCCCAACAACUCAGGCAAAUGCCCUGGACAAAAAAUCAAAGAGAGGCUCCAUCAGGUGGAUAAGAGACGGUGACCUACUCUUUGUGAAGUGGAUGGACACCAGGGAGGUCUCCAUUUGUUCCACUGUACAUCCUGUGUACACAGGGGAGACAGUCCUACGGUGGCAAAAAAUGGAUGGUGUCAGUCAGCGGGUCCCUGUCCCCAGACCCACAGCUGUGGAUGAGUACAAUUAGUACAUGGGGGGAGUGGACACUUCUGACCAGAUGUUGGGGACAAAUUUUGUCCAACGAAAAACAAGAAGAUGGCCAAUGACAGUGUUCCAGCAUCUUUUGGACAUUGCUGUCACAAACAGCUUCAUUCUGCAAAAAGAACUCCUCAUGGGGAAGCAGCAGAAGCCAUUGACACGGCAGGCUUUCCAAGAGGAGCUACACACGUGGACAAAAUUGUUGGUACCCCUCAGUUAAAGAAGGAAAAACCCACAAUUCUCACUGAAAUCACUUGAAACUCACAAAAAUAACAAUAAAUAAAAAUUUAUUGAAAAUUAAAUAAUCAAAAACAGCCAUUACUUUUGAAUUGUUGAUUAACAUAAUUAUUUAAAAAAACAAACUAAUGAAACAGGCCUGGACAAAAAUGAUAAAAGAUUGAAAACUAUUUGACCAGAGUGACAUGAUUAACUCAGGUGUGUCAUUUAAUUGACAUCACAGGUGUUUCCAAACUCAUAAUCAGUCAGUCUGCCUAUUUAAAGGGAGACAAGUAGUCACCCUGCUGUUUGGUGAAAAGGUGUGUACCACACUGAACAUGGACAACAGAAAGCGAAGGAGAGAAUUGUCCCAGGACAUCCGAAAAAAAAUUAUAGACAAACAUCUUAAAGGUAAAGGCUAUAAGACCAUCUCUAAACAGCUUGAAGUUCCUGUGACAACAGUGGCUCAUAUUAUUCAGAAGUUCAAGACCCACGGGACAGUAGCCAACCUCCCUGGACGUGGCCGCAAGAGGAAAAUUGAUGACAAAUUGAAGAGACGGAUCGUUCGAAUUGUAUCCAAAGAGCCCAGAGCAACCUCCAAAGAAAUUAAAGGUGAACUCCAAGGCCAAGGUACAUCAGUGUCAGAUCGCACCAUUCGUCGUUGUUUGAGCCAAAGUGGACUUCAUGGGAGACGACCAAGGAGGACACCACUGCUGAAAAAAACUCAUAAAAAAGCGAGACUGGAAUUUGCAAAAAUGCAUGUUGACAAGCCACAAAGCUUCUGGGAGAAUGUCCUUUGGACAGAUGAGACCAAACUGGAGCUUUUUGGUAAGGCACAUCAACUCUUAUGUUCAUAGACUCAAAAACCAAGCAUACGAAGAAAAGAACACUGUCCCUACGGUGAAACAUGGAGGAGGCUCAGUAAUGUUUUGGGGCUGCUUUGCUGCAUCUGGCACAGGAUGUCUUGAAAGUGUGCAAGGUACGAUGAAAUCUGAAGACUAUCAAGGCAUUCUGGAGAGAAAUGUGCUGCCUAGUGUCAGAAAGCUUGGUCUCAGUCGCAGGUCAUGGGUCUUCCAACAGGACAACGAUCCAAAACACACAGACAAAAACACCCAAGAAUGGCUGAGAGAAAAGCGUUGGACUAUUCUAAAGUGGCCUUCUAUGAGCCCAGAUCUGAAUCCCAUUGAACAUAUGUGGAAGGAGCUGAAACAUGCCAUUUGGAGAAGACACCCAUCAAACCUGAGACAACUGGAGCUGUUUGCUCAUGAGGAGUGGGCCAAAAUACCUGUUGACAGCUGCAGAACGCUCAUUGACAAAUACAGAAAUCGUUUAAUUGCAGUGAUUGCCUCAAAAGGUUGUGCAACAAAAUAUUAAGUUAUGGGUACCAUCAUUUUUGUCCAGCCCUAUUUCAUUAGUUUGUUUUUUUAAAUAAUUAUGUUAAUCAACAAUUCAAAAGUGAUGGCUGAUUUUGAUUAUUUAAUUUUCAAUAAAUUUUUAUUUAUUGUUACUUUUGUGAGUUUCAAGUGAUUUCAGUGAGAAUUGUGGGUUUUUCCUUCUUUAACUGAGGGGUACCAACAAUUUUGUCCACGUGUGUAUGUGCAAAGCUGCUGGGUGUGCCAGUGACCGGUCCACCAAAGCAGCCCACAGUGGGUCACUUUCCUGUCCCCACCAACAACAGGGAGGACACUGAAAAGAAAAGCAGGGCAAGCCUGGGGAGGAAACCGUGCACUGUCUGCAAAAGGAGCACAGUCUGGAUGUGUCGGGAGUGCUGUGUGGGUCUCUGUCUGCAGCUGGACAGAAACUGCUUUCUGUCCUAUCAUAAAUGAAAGAAAACGCCUGGACAUGAUGAACACAACAAGCUGUACCAAAGAUAAUGAGAACUGCAGACAAACCAAACUGACUGACAAUGUACAAUAUAUGUUAGAUUUCCUUUCUGUAAUCUCAAAAUGUUUUGAUAUGUUCAUUUUCUAUUUUUUAUAAAGCCUAACUUGCUGAAAAAGCAAAUCUGUUUUUGUUGUUAUUACACAGUUAUUUUACAUUUAAAACACUUGAAAAUGACAUAUACUUGACAGAUUUUGAAAGAUAUGUUUCUUCUGAAAAAAAGGGGCAAAAUAACUUACACAAAAGACAUUUUUUGACACAUUUAUUGAAAAAAAAAGACAAAAAAAAUAGGCGCCCUGUUAUAAUUAUAGGUGUAAUUAUAGGGGGGCUCAAUGGCGGUGCAUGCCAGGGCCGCAGAAGUGCGGCUGAGUCAGGCGGCUGCAGGAAGGCAGCGGGGACAGGGUGGCGGGAGCCGAAGCAUCAACAAAUUACAAUCUGUUUGUUCCUCAAAGAUUCAGUGAUGUUACAUAUUAGUAAUGGAAUAUCAAGUUUGCUUUUCAAUAAGGUAUAUAAGGUAUGUUUUUCAAUAAAAAUGGUACAACAGGUAAAGAGAUCAAAUCUGGGAAGGCAUACUUCUAGUUUUGACAAUGGACUGGAAACACUAUUGGUGACCAAAACGAAUUUCAUGGAGUUCAUGGCAGCUACCAAUUUGCUUUCAGUUAAAUUUUUGUCAAAUAUAGAAUAUGCACAAAUCCAUCCAUCCAUUUUCUAUACUCAGGUGAGGUGAAAGUUGAACCCUGUGAAGUCAGAGUUCACUCUGGACAAGACAUAGAGACAAAUAAGCACACUCACAUUCACACCUAUGGACAAUUUAUCACCUCAGUGUGUUUUAGAACUGGAGGAGGAAGCUGGAGAACCUGACAAGAACUCACAUGUGCACAGGGAGAACAUGGAAACUCCAUGCAAAAAGAGUCCAGACUAAGAUUCGAAGCUGGGACAUUCAAGCUGUGAGGCAAAAGUGUCACUGCCUCACUGUGCCACCUUAAUAUAUACUCAAAUGUUUAAUUAAAUUAUACUAAAUUACCCAGCUUUAACAUUGGGAAUUAAAAUUCGGUAAUUUAUUUAAAUCAACCUCUAACUGUCUGUAUAUAGGAGUUUUUUAGUUCUACUUCAUUUCUAUGUGCUUGUGUAAAACAACUUCAGUAAAAGACAAGUGCAUAUUUUUUCAAAAGAGAAGAAAUGAAAGAGUU